AUGGCGUCGGCGGCGGCAGCGUUGGCGGGAUCCACUCUGGCCCGCAACAAGGCCGCAUGUUCGGUCAUUCCUCGGAUUGGACUGGGUACUCUCAUGAUCCAACCGGACGUGGUACCGGAUGCUAUUGCAUCGGCCAUUGCCGCGGGUUAUCGACGGAUUGAUUGUGCUCCCGUCUACUUUAAUGAAGACAAGGUGGGAGAUGCCAUUCAAACAGCCCUGAAGAAUGGCAGUGCCAAACGACAAGAUUUGUUCCUCGUGUCCAAGCUCCCCAGCUGCUUUCAUCGCAAGGAACAUGUGGAAAUGGCAUUGAAAAAGACACUGCUGGACCUGCGAGUGGAUUAUUUGGACCUAUACUUGAUUCACUGGCCACAAGCGUUUACACCCGUACUGCCCAUUCCCAUGGACAAGCGAGGUUGGGAAACGGAAGAUAUUGACGAUUCCGGAGAUGGAAAGAAUAUUGAUACCACGGUUUCCAUUCACGAGACUUGGGCCGCCAUGGAAGAAUUGGUCGACAAGGGAAUGGUCAAAUCAAUUGGGGUUUCCAAUUUUCCCGUCUCGCUAUUGCACGAGUUAAUGACACGGGCCAAAAUACCUCCCAUGGUCAAUCAAGUGGAAGCACAUCCCUAUCUACAACAAACCAAAUUGCUCAAGUAUUGUCAAGCACGGGGAGUGCACUUUCAAGCCUACUCGCCUCUGGGUACGGCCGAUUACAAGGAAGACCACGAACCCGUCAUUUUGAACGAUACUGUCUUGAAAACGAUUGCCGAAAAGCACAACGUGAGCGUUGCUCAGAUUUGUCUAGCCUGGGCGAUUCAACGAGGCACCAGCGUGGUAGUCAAAAGCUCGUCGAAGGCGCACCAAGAGGAGAACUUGAAAGUCUUCCGACAGCAAGGAGAGGAGGAAGAACUGGCAGUGACUCUUUCCGACGAGGAAAUGGAGCAGAUUGCAGGUCUGGAGCGGGGAUAUCGAUACUUUCGACCCGAAGAGUGGUGGCCUCAGUUGGAAAUGGCCGUGUUUGAUUAG